CCUUCAACAGAUCACGGUCACAGUCCAGAAACAAAACCAGCUCUAAAGGCAGAUGAGUUGGGACCAUGGAGAUAUGGCAGCAAAUAUUUUCUCAGAAGAUUGGGCAGAUGAAACCAGGAGACACAUGGACUCUGAAGGCGGAUUAUAACCUUCAGUCCAACGACCGGGAUCCUGGAUGGAAGCAAUUCCUGCAACAAUAUGCGUUUGCCAGGUUUCAGUGUUCACAGUGCUGGCAUAUGUGGCACUCAGCUCAGGUGAACAUUCUCUUCCACAUGCACCUGGACCGGAAGCAGAGACGGGGCCAGGUGAAGAUGAAAAUCUUCAGACAGGAGUGCAAGAAGUGUCUCGUGCCGAAACUGGAACUGCCUGAAUUCAGCCAGGAGAACAUCGAGAGAGUCCUGGAGAACCUGAUGCUGAAGAUUCGCGGGAAAUGCUACAGAGAGGCCAUCAGUCCCAACAGCCUGUCCAAGAACAUCGUGGAAGCUCAGAUAAUGGGGCCACAUGAAAGCUCCCACUGUGAAGCCUGCCAGCUGGGCAUCUGUUACGUGAAAUAUGAAGCCCAAGCACCAGCCAACACCUUCUUUAGGGCUGUUUCUCUUUUUCCACGCAGCUCUCCUGCCCAUGAGGAAUGGAGCGAAGCAGAGAUGGGGAGCAGCCGCAACACGGGGAGCAGCUGUGACGGGCGGCGCUGCUGUUGCUACAUUUGUUGUUUGGUCAUUUUUUUGGCUGUGCUCAUUUUUGUUCUGCUUUAUCUCAAAACCUAGUGGAAAUUCGACACUCAUACUUGUCCCUAAUAUAACUGAACUGUAAUAACCUGAGUAAUAAUUGGGCUUGGAAAGAUUACAUUUUUUUCUGUAAAUGUCAGUGAAUGUCAAUUUCCACCACACACACAUAAACCAAU